AGUUGAGUUGAGUUGAGUUUGUGAUGUUUCUCUAUGAAGCUCUAGAACUCGACAACAUUUGUAGUUGUGCGUGUGUUUUUCAUAGUGAAGUUGGUUUUCGUACGCUGAACUCCAUCCCUCUGCAAUUCGAUCGCUGCAUUAAGAAACUUUUUCUCAAUCAGUGAAAUGAAGGAUGGCAGAACCUGCAUAUACUGUGGCAUCUGAUUCUGAGACCACAGGAGAGGAAAAGUCAUCUUCAACUUUUCCUGAAAUUGCCAUUGGAAUUGAUAUUGGCACAUCUCAAUGCAGCAUUGCUGUGUGGAAUGGUUCCCAAGUGGAGCUUUUGAAGAACACAAGAAAUGAGAAGAUAAUGAAGUCCUAUGUCACUUUCAGAGAUGAUCUACCUUCUGCUGGAGUUAGCAAUAACCUUUCACAUGAGCAUGAAAUGUUAUCUGGAUCUGCAAUCUUCAACAUUAAACGAUUAAUUGGCAGAACUGAUGCUGAUCCAAUCAUCCAUUCCUGUAAAAAUCUCCCAUUUCUGGUUCAGACAUUGGAAAUUGGUGUCCGCCCAUUUAUCGCUGCCUUGGUGAACAAUAUGUGGAGAUCCACCACUCCUGAAGAAGUGUUGGCAAUAUUUCUGGUGGAGUUAAGAGCAAUGGCUGAAGCUCAAUUGAAAUGUCCAAUAAGAAAUGUAGUGAUUACAGUUCCAGUUUCAUUCAGUCGGUUCCAGCUAACCCGGGUUGAACGUGCUUGUGCCAUGGCCGGCCUUCAUGUCCUCAGGCUGAUGCCUGAACCAACAGCUGUGGCUUUGUUAUAUGCACAACAGCAGCAGCAGACAUCUAAUGAGAAUAUGGGCAGUGGUGGUGAGAAAAUCGCCCUCGUUUUCAAUAUGGGUGCUGGUUAUUGUGAUGUCGCCGUGACUGCUACAGCCGGAGGAGUUUCACAGAUAAAAUCCUUGGCAGGAAGUACCAUCGGUGGGGAAGACUUACUUCAGAAUGUGAUGCGCCAUCUCUUGCCAGAUUCUGAAAGCUUAUUUAGGAGUCACAGUGUCAAAGAAAUCAAGACGAUUGGCUUGCUUCGACUUGCAACUCAGGAUGCAAUUCAUAGGCUUUCUUCUCAGUCCAAUGUCCAGGUUGAUAUAGACUUGGGAGAUGGACUGAGGAUAUGCAAGGUUAUUGACCAGGAAGAGUUUGAGGAAGUAAACAGAACAAUAUUUGAGGAGUGUGAAAGCCUUAUUAUCCGGUGCUUGCAAGAUGCGAAGGCAGAAGUUGAGGAUGUAAAUGAUGUGAUAAUUGUUGGUGGAUGCUCUCAUAUUCCAAAGGUGAAGAAUCUUGUUAGUAGCAUAUUCAAAGGGAAGGAACUUUAUAAAGGGAUGAAUCUCUUGGAAGCUGCCGUCUGUGGCGCAGCAGUGGAAGGAGCUAUUGCUUCGGGUAUCAGUGAUCCCUUUGGGAACUUGGACUUGUUAACCAUCCAAUCAACGCCUCUUGCUAUUGGGAUUCGAGCUGAUGGAGGCAAUUUCGUCCCUGUAAUACCUAGGAAUACUGCAACCCCUGUGAAGAAGGAGCUAGUAUUUACCACUCUUCAUGAUAAUCAAACCGGGGCAUUGAUUAUUGUAUAUGAAGGUGAAGGAAAGAAGGCAGAAGAGAAUCACUUGCUGGGAUAUUUUAGGAUAAUGGGAAUACCUUCAGCACCAAAAGGCAUUCCAAAAAUUAAUUUGUGCAUGGACAUAGAUGCUGCAAACAUGUUGCGAGUUUUAGCUGGUGUUGUGAUGCCUGGAUCACGACAUCCUGCAAUUCCUGUCAUGGAAGUGAGGAUGCCAAUGGUUGAUGAUGGGCAUGGUUGGUGUGCUGAGGCUCUAAAUAGAACCUAUGGUUCUACACUGGAUUUGGUAACUGUACAUACAAAGGGAUAGGGAAUAGUGAUGUUUAGCAUCAUUGUAACUCUUUUGGUGCUAUGUUUUAUUGUGUUUCUGAAUACUUGAUACACGUGCAAUUGAAAUGUAGCUCAAACAAUAUGAAAGGUAAUUGUAGAAUUCAGUUAAA